AGUGACGAAUGUGUUUAUUUUAUAGUUUUACUAUAGGACUACGUAUCAUAACAAAUGACGAGACGUGAUUUAGUUAAGCAUUUUUGUUUCUUGCAAAUUUUAGCUAGCUAACAUUAUUAGCUAGCUUGGUACGACACUAGGCUGUAGCCAAUUCUUAAGUGUCAACGUUAUCGACUGAAAAGCAGUGAUUUGCUUGCAAUCUAUUCAUUAUCAACUAACUGGCGUCCUAAUCUUUACCUGCAUUGUGAAUGGACGUGAGUUUGAUAAUUGGAGUAACUAGAUAGGUGGCUAGAUAGAUAGCUAAGUAGCUAGCUUUCUUGUUAUUGUUGCAGCUAACAACAUUAGCUAGCUUGCUAACUGUCUAGCCAUCCACUUAGCUGUUGCGCUCAUUACAGCAGGCUAGCUAGUUAGUUUUCGUGCUGUACUUAGCUAGGUUACAUAUUCCAAUUACUAGCUUUAUAGGCUACAGUACAAGAUUUGAGCAAUAACCACAUACCACGCUUCGAAAUGCCUGCCCCUAAAAGACAACAGACUUCUCAGGAUCCUCAAACUAAGAGAAGAAAGUUGGAUCAGAAUGAAGUGGCCAUGCCAUCUAACAAAAUGACACCAGCCUCUGCAACAUCAAGCAAGCCCCAUAGAGAAGGACCUUCACAGAGAAGGAAUAAGAAAAAGUCCCCAGCACAACGAAAAGACAGAAAUAAACCAUCAAAGUCCGGCCGUCAUUCCUCCAAGACAAGAUCAGCCCAAAAGGCCACCACAAGGACCAAGUCCAAUCCCCCUGUCAAGAAUGCUAAGCUGCCGAAAGCCACAAGUACCUCAUCAAAUAAUCCCAACUCUAAAGGAACCCUAAAAAGACCAGCCAAGAUCUCAAAAACAGCUUCCACAGAGUCAGAUGAGGAGCUUAUCAGAACUCGCAAACCCGAUUGCAUCAGAAAAUACUCUAAUGGGGAUAGAGGUAAGCGUAAAGGGGCACAGACUAACCCAAAUGAAGCAGCCUUACCCUCAGACCCUGUGCAAAUGGAUCACAAUUAUGGUAUACCCCCUGCAUCUCGUGGUAGUCAUUCUGAAUGUGAUCAAAGUCAAACGAAGGGAGUCGCAGAGUCCACCAGAAGCCCAGAGAGCCAGAGAGAUGUAAAGAUGGGAACUCAAGCAUCUUCAAUGAAGGCUUCAGAUCCUGUACCUGGACAACCUGAGCAGGUGAACCAGAGCAGUGAGACACAGGAGAUGCAGGGAAAUUCUGUGACUACUCCUACAGAUGAAGUUAAUGAGAGUGUAGAGACCAAGCCUGACACACAAAUAAUGUCUCCCGCUAUGUUAGCAUCCUCUGAGAAAGCUUCAGACCCCAUCCUUGAGCAGUUGAACCAGAGCAGUGAGAUGCAGGGAGAUUCUGGGACUACUCCUACAAAUGAAGUUAAUGAGAGUGUAGAGACCAAGUCUGACACACAAAUAAUGUUUCCUCCCGCUAUAUUAGCAUCCUCUGAGAAAGCUUCAGACCCCAUCCCUGAGCAGUUGAACCAGAGCAGUGAGACACAGGAGAUGCAGGGAGAUUAUGUGACUAUUUCUACAGAUGAAGUUAAUGAGAGUGUAGAGACCAAGCCUGACACACAAAUAAUGUCUCCUCCCGCUAUAUUAGCAUCCUCUGAGAAAGCUUCAGACCCCAUCCAUGAGCAGUUGAACCAGAGCAGUGAGACACAGGAGAUGCAGGGAGAUUAUGUGACUACUCCUACAGAUGAAGUUACUGAGAGUGUAGAGACCAAGCCUGACACACAAAUAAUGUCUCCUCCCGCUAUAUUAGCAUCCUCUGAGAAAGCUUCAGACCCCAUCCCAGAGCAGUUGAACCAGAGCAGGAAGAUGCAGGGAGAUUCUGUGACUACUCCUACAGAUGAAGUUAAUGAGAGUGUAGAGACCAAGCCUGACACACAAAUAAUGUCUCCUCUCGCUAUAUUAGCAUCUUCUGAGAAAGCUUCAGAACCCAUCCCUGAGCAGUUGAACCAGAGCAGGAAGAUGCAGGGAGAUUCUGUGACAACUCCUACAGAUGAAGUUACUGAGAGUGUAGAGACCAAGCCUGACACACAAAUAAUGUCUCCUCCCGCUAUAUUAGCAUCCUCUGAGAAAGCUUCAGACCCCAUCCCUGAGCAGUUGAACCAGAGCAGGAAGAUGCAGGGAGAUUCUGUGACUACUCCUACAGAUGAAGUUAAUGAGAGUGUAGAGGCCAAGCCUGACACACAAGUAAUGUCUCCUCCCGCUAUAUUAGCAUCUUCUGAGAAAGCUUCAGACCCCAUCCAUGAGCAGUUGAACCAGAGCAGUGAGAUGCAGGUUGUUCAGGAAGGUUCUGGGACCACCCCUACAGUUCAAGUUAAUGAGAGUGUAGAGAGCAAGCUUGAUGCAUGUAUCAAGUGUGCAGACCCUGUAUCUGAACAUAGAACCAAGAUGCAGGAAAAUGCGACGACCACCCCUGCAGGUCUUGUUAAGGAACGUCUAGAGACUAAGGUCAAUGCGGAAAUAUUAUCUCCUCCAGCUAAAGGCCUAGUAGCAUAUAGCAGCAGUAGUGAUUCCGAAAGUGAAAGUGAGGAAAAUGAAAGGAAGGCAGUCGAAGAGUCAAGAGAUGUGACAAUGGAAACUCAAGUAUCUUCAGAGAAGGUUACAGACCCUGUACAUGAACAGGUGAAGCAGAGCUGUACGAGCCAGCAGAUACAGGAAGAUUCCAUGACCACCUCUACAUAUGAAGUUAGUGAAGGUCCCAUGACCGCCCCUAGUGAGAGUGUAGACACCAAGCUUGAUACAAAUAUAAAGUAUCCCUCUAUAGAAGCGUUUUCAGAGGACGCUUCAGACCCUGUCCCUGAACAGGUUAAUCAGAUAUGCAUCGAAAUAGAGGAUAUGCAGAAAAAUUCCAUGACCACCUCUCCAGAUGAAGUAGUUGAACAUUUAGAUACCAAGGAUGCAAAAAUAGAUAUCCCUCCACCUCUAGAAGCGUCCUUUGAGGAGACCCAUACAGUUGAAGUCAGUGAGAGUGCAGGGACCACGCUUGAUGCACAUAUAAAGGGUCCACACCCUGCAACUGUACAUGUGAUGCAGAGCACUGAGAUGCGGGAAGAUUCUGCGCCCACCCCUGCAGAUCAAGUUAGUGAGAGUUUAGACACCAAGCUUGAUAUCGAAGUAAAAUCUCCUCCGCCGGUGGAAGUAGCCUCAGAAGAGACUUCGGACAAUGUCUCAGAACAGGUGAAGCAGAGCGCUGAGAGACAGGAGGUCCAGGAAGAUACCAUGACCAUCCCUACAGAUAAACCUCUGGAAAGUUUAGAGACAAUGUCGGGUGCUAAGAUAAAGUCUCCACCCCUAGAAGCACUUUUCAGCGCUCUGAAGGAGUCCAGUCUUUGCAAACACCCCCUGUCUGACACAAUGCGCUCAAAUGUCAAAGAGUUUCUGGAAGUAGAGGAUUCCUUAGAAAUCAUGAAUACAGACUGUGACUUUGGUGUGACGGAGAGCAUUGAGUGUACCUUAGACCUGGAGACCCCGAUUAUUGUUGAGGAUAUGGAGAUCGGUCACUGUGUUGUGGAGGUGGUGGGAGAGAAUGGGGAAGAUGUGGAUAUGGAUAGUGAUCUGGAAAUCAUAGACAACUCUAAGGAGGUGCCAGAGAAGACAGUCCAGCUAACCAAAGGGUCUGAAGAUGAGUGCCGUCUAGAUAACAGUGAAGCUGGUACUGAAAGGAAAGGCACACAUUCCUCUAACCAAGACAGCACAAAUAGUGUCAAGAAGGAAGUUGCCAAAAAGACACAGUGUAGCCCGGAAAAACCUAAGAAACAGCAGAUGAACCCUCAGGCCCGGACUAAAGCCCGACUAGCGGCGCUAGCUGAGCAAAAGGCCGCCGCCUCCAAAAAAGCGAGCAGGCAGCUCAACCUCCUUGCCUUAUGUGAGGAAAUAGCGGACGAUAUCGCCACGGACACCAUGCUAUUAAAGACGGAGGAAGAGGAUGAGCAGGUUGUAACGGUUGAAGCUGAACCCAGCAAGGAGCCAGAAUGCCCACAGCCUUUCACACAGACUGAGACUGUCCCUAUCCCUCCAACUCCUGCCGGGCCCAAGGAGCCCUCUACCCCAGUAGCACCCGUUGCUGCAGUUUCUGCUCCAGCCAAGCCCCCAGCUCCAGAGACACCACAGAGGCGCUUCUUCAUCAGCCAAGUGACGGUGCCCCUCAAAAUCCACGAGAAGAAGAAGCUUACCAGGUUCCAGAGGCUGCGGCAGGUGGAGCUGCAGCGAGAGAAGAAUAUGUCCUGGACCAUGGUGAAGAAGCUCAAGUCCGAUCAGGCCAAUCAGAAGAUGUUUCCGGAGACAGAGGCUAAACCUGCCCCCCCAUUACUGUCCACUCCAGCAGUAGCAGCACCCAUCCCAGUGACCACAACACCCUCACCCCCCUCAGCCAGUCCAGCAGCACCCACAGUAGCUGCACCCUGUCCUACCCCAGCCGCAGCCAGCCCAGCAGUAACCCCUAAGCUUGAGCCCCCCAAAGUUGAGCCCCCCAAAGUGACCCCAAGUAAGGGACCCACCCUUAGAAAGAGGACACUUCCAGCAGUACCCCCACCGAUGCCCAACGGGCUGAAAGCUCAGAAGGCCAAGCCUGUGGCGGAGUAUAAGCCUUACAAAGCCAGGCCCAAGUACUCUUUUGAUGACUUUCAACUGGAUGACGAGCCGAAACCCACAGUGCAGAAGGCAGUAUUACCGACCGUGCAGAGGGCAGCAUUGAGACCUACAUCUACCACCAUUCCGAGGGCAGCAGUGACACUUACGACAGCGGCCAAACAUGAGGACUCAAAAACUACCGGCCAGAAGACAGCAGUGCCUACCAUGCAGAAGCCAGGGGUACCUACCGGCCAGAAGACCGCAGUACCUACCAUGCAGAAGCCAGGAGUACCUACCGGCCAGAAGACGGCGGUACCUACCGGCCAGAAUACGGCGGUACCUACCGGCCAGAAUACGGCGUUACCUACCGGCCAGAAGACAGCAGUACCUACCGGCCAGAAGAAGGCGGUACCUACCGGCCAGAAGACGGCGGUACCUACCGGCCAGAAGACGGCGGUACCUACCGGCCAGAAGACGGCGGUACCUACCGGCCAGAAGACGGCGGUACCUACCGGCCAGAAGACGGCGGUACCUACCAUGCAGAAGACGGCGGUACCUACCGGCCAGAAGACGGCGGUACCUACCGGCCAGAAGACGGCGGUACCUACCGGCCAGAAGACGGCGGUACCUACCGGCCAGAAGACGGCGGUACCUACCGGCCAGAAGACGGCGGUACCUACCGGCCAGAAGACGGCGGUACCUACCGGCCAGAAGACGGCGGUACCUACCAUGCAGAAGACGGCGGUACCUACCAGCCAGAAGACGGCGGUACCUACCAGCCAGAAGACGGCGGUACCUACCAGCCAGAAGACGGCGGUACCUACCAGCCAGAAGACGGCGGUACCUACCGCGCAGAUCCCGGCAGUACCCACCGCGCAGAAGCCGGCAGUACCCACCGCGCAGAAACCGGCAGUACCCACCGCGCAGAAGCCGGCAGUACCCACCGCGCAGAAGCCGGCAGUACCCACCGCGCAAAAAAUAGUUGUACCUAACACUCAGAAGACCGCACCAACUGUGCAGAAGGCAGUUGUGACAAAUCCAACAGUGCAGAAGGCAGUAGAGACACCGACCCUUAUGCCCGGAAAUGGCAAACAUGAGGACUCCAAACUCACUGUACAGAAGGCAGAAGUGCUUAAACCCACUGUCCAAAAGGAAACCUCGGUACCUACACUUACCCCUCAAACUGAGCAGAAAGCGGAAGCAUCACCUACGCCCAAAACUGCCAAAGAUAAGGAUUCCAUAGCACCAGUGUCUUCCCCUCCCUUUGAAGAGACCCCACGAGAUUCUGUUGACAAGGAUCAGUGUGAAGAAAAGCCUGCUGAAUCUGUCUCUUUCUUAGUUGCUGAGAUUAAACCGGCAUCCCCAGAGGUCAAGACAGAGGGCACGACAACAACGGAGUCCUCUGAUUCUGUGGUCGUGCAAUCAGCAGAUAAUAGCAGUCCCCUCUCUGACGCAUGUCUGCAGAAAGAGAUAAAAAAACUAAAGGAGGCCGACAAAGAUGACAAUCAAACCACCACUGAUGCAGGGCAGAAGCACUUUGGAGCGGUGACCUGCGGUGUGUGUGGGAUGCUGUAUUCCGCUGCCAACCCGGAGGAUGAGUCCCAGCACCUGCACUUCCACAACCAGUUCAUCAGUGCUGUCAGAUAUGUGGGGUGGAAGAAGGAGAGGAUUCUGGGAGAGUACCCCGAUGGCAAGAUCAUCCUUGUCCUUCCAGAUGACCCCAAAUAUGCACUGAAGAAGGUUGAGGAGAUCAGAGAGAUGGUGGACAAUGACCUGGGCUUCCAGCAGGUGGAGACCAAGUGUCCCUCCCAGACCAAAACUUUCCUGUUCAUCUCCAAUGACAAGAAGGUGGCUGGGUGCCUGAUCGCUGAGCACAUUCAAGAGGGCUACAGGGUGAUUGAGGAGGCGGUACCCGAGGGCUCGGAGGGAGAGAAGGUGAUGUUUGAGCGUCAGAGAGCCUGGUGUUGUUCCACUGACCCAGAGCCAGCCCUCUGUGGCAUCAGCCGCAUCUGGGUCUUCAGCAUGAUGAGACGGACGGGCAUCGCCUCGCGCAUGAUCGAGUGUCUCAGGAACAACUUCAUUUACGGCUCCUACCUGAGCAAGGAGGAGAUUGCCUUCUCCGACCCAACGCCCGACGGGAAGCUUUUCGCUACACACUACUGCGGCACCUCGCAGUUCCUGGUUUAUAACUUUGUCAGUGGGACUCGUUCAGACCAACCAAGUCUUAGCGUGGUGUAAGUAAUCGCAUCAAGGUGGAUUUAUUGCUGAGGCCCAGUGAGACUUGCCCUCACCAACUAACCAACCAAUCUCUGGAUCUUGUCGUGGGGACAGCCUGUCACAAGCACAUUGUGGUUCUUUUAGACUGAAGAGUUAAGACUCAGACUGACUCUUCUGAGGGGGACAUCUUGGUUUUUAAUCUCAGGUUGAAAACAACAACUUGUUGUUUGAAAAAUAUUUAAAUUCUCCCUUUAAUCCCUGCAUAGUAUUUUGAGACAAAUAAUAUUUUUGUUUAUGUUUUUUAAAUAAGAAACAAGCGUUUUAUUGGAAGUAUUAAAGCGUUUACAUGCAUGAAACUUGACAGCAAUAGAAUACAAAGAGCAUUUCACAAUUCAUAGUUUCCAAAAAUCGGAGAGAUACACUACAUUUUACUCAAACGGUUCUAAAACAAUGCUGUGGUCCUGUUCUAAUAAUGCAUUGAAUUAAUUUUAGCCUCUUAAAUCAGGUUAAAAGUUGCUGUACUAAGGUGAAGACUUAUUCCUCUUGUGUAGGGGAUGUUCUUGCACACAUCAUGUUCAUCAUCUCUUGGCAUUUCAUGCGGUGAUAUUAUGACCACAGAGGUUCCAUUAUGUGAUGGGGUACAUUGCUAAACUCAGCAAGAAAAGAAACGUCCUCUCACGGUCAACUGUGUUUAUUUUCAGCAAACUUAACAUGUGUAAAUGUUUGUAUGAACACAACAAGAUUUAACAACUGA